AUGGCCCGGAGUAAGAACCGAAUAUUCAUUGUGGCAUGCUGUGUCAUUUUGGGUAUCGGUAUUGCAGUUGGGAUCUAUUUCGGGGUGACCGAUGCGGAAACUAGGAAUAAUUCGGGAGGGGUACCUGCGGGUCAGGGCGGGCAACCACGGACAGCGCCUGUGGUAGACUGUUCUCUCCGCGAGGAGGUUGCCCAGGACAAGUGCGAGGAGGGAGGCGUGUACAACACGUCCCGCUACGAGGUGCCACUGGAAGCGCUCAACAUCUCCACCCUGGGGAAUAAACCAGUGAAGACGCUGUAUGAAGUCAAGUUUACAACUGAACCCAUCUUUGGCGUGAAAGUCGUAAGGAAGGCGACUGGGGUUGCGAUCUUUGACACGGCCAUUCCCGGCUUCUACUUCUCCGACCAGUUCAUUCAGCUGUCUACGAGGCUCCCCUCAGAAUACAUGUACGGGCUCGGCGAACAUAACCACCAGGUCUUCAAACACAACCUCAACUGGAAGACUUGGUCUAUUUUCGCGCAGGGGGAAGCGCCGAUUGAUGAUUUCUCUCUGUACGGCGUUCAGCCCUUCUACAUGAACCUGGAGAAGACGCCAAAUUCAGUAUCAGCACACGGUGUGUUCCUGAAGAGCAGUAACGCAAUGGACAUCCUUCUUCAACCCAAUCCGUACCCAGCUCUCACGUAUCGAGUAAUUGGUGGCAUCUUGGACUUCUACAUAUUCCUUGGCCCGACACCGGAAAAUAUCGUGCAGCAGUACACAGAGGCAAUUGGCCGCCCAAUGAUGCCUCCCUAUUGGACGUUAGGCUUCCAGCUUUCAAAGUGGGACUAUGGUAACAUAAGCAACGUGGUCGACGUGGUGGAGAGGAAUAGAAAGGCGGGGAUUUCAAUGGACGUUCAGUACGGUGACAUCGACUACAUGCGAGCUAAGCUUGACUUCACUUUCGACAAGGAGAAAUUCGGUACUCUUCCCGACUUGGUGCAAGAUUUGCACGACCAUGGUCAGAAAUACAUCAUCAUCUUGGACCCUGGCAUCAGCAACGACCGCGAAAUGCACAAGAGGGAACUCAACGACUCGUAUCACUGCUUUGAAGACGGACUUGUAAAAGAUAUCUACAUCAGGAACGCUACUGGUGAUGGGUACAUCGAGGCGAAGGUUUGGCCUGGUAAUCUAUUCUUCCCCGACUACACCCUUCCAAGGACAGAGGACUGGUGGUUCAAGUGGUGCGAAGAUUUCUACUCAAACUACAGCGGGAGAGCGUACACCGACAGGCCUAUCAAAUACGACGGACUCUGGAUUGACAUGAACGAACCGAAAAACUUCGUCCACGGAUCGACGACAGGAUGUGACAAGAAUCAAUACAACUACCCACCAUACACGCCAAAAAUUCACGGUGCAGAUGACUGUGGUAAAAUGUACUUCAAGACCCUGUGCUUGGACUCGCAGCAGCACUGGGGAAUGCACUAUGAUGUACACAGUCUGUAUGGUCACAGCAUGUCCAUUCAGACAUUCAACGUAUUGCGGCGAAUGUUCCCUUCCAAACGACCUUUCGUCCUGACAAGGUCACAGUUUACCGGUUCUAACAAGUAUGCUGGUCACUGGUUAGGAGACAACAAAAGCCAGUGGCGUCAGAUGGCUUGGUCUAUCGUUGGUAUGCUUGAAUACAGUUUAUUCGGAUUCUCAUAUACUGGAGCAGAUAUUUGUGGGUUCUGGUACGAUACCACAGAGGAGAUGUGUCAGAGAUGAAUGUUGCUGGGUGCGUUCUAUCCUUUCUCAAGGAAUCACAACGCUAUUGGAUUCAGGGAUCAAGAUCCCGCUGCCUGGAGCGACGGAAUGAUAAAGUCGUGACAAGUCGUGCGUGACAUUCUCCUCACCAGAUACAAACUGCUGCCGUACCUUUACACGUUGUUCCAUAAUGCAAACGAAGAGGGCACCACUGUCGCGCGGCCAUUGUUGCACGAAUUUCUCGAAGAUGAAGUCACGUGGGAUGUAGACCGCCAGUUCCUCUGGGGGCCAUCUCUCAUGAUCUCUCCAUGUCUCACGGAAGGCUGCCGAAGCGUCACGGCCUACUUUCCCAAAGAGACAUGGUACGAUUAUUUUACGGGAGCAAAGGUUUCUGAAGGUGGUGAAUGGAAAGAGGUCGACACCCCUCUGGAUAAGAUCAACGUCCAUAUUCGGGGAGGCUUCAUUAUUCCUUGGCAACAACCGGGGAACACUACGGUUUACAGUCGUCUGAAUCCGAUGGGGCUAUUGGUUGCUAUGGACGCCAAUCAGAGAGCAAGUGGCUCCCUCUUCUGGGAUGAUGGAGAAUCAUUUGAGACAUUUUCCAAAGGAUCUUAUACUAUGAUCAACUUUACUGCAACGGAGGCUGGAGAAUUAACUCUCACUCCGAUCCACACCGGGUACGCUACAGACCUGGUCUUCGAUUCCAUUCAGCUGUGGGGACUCGAUAAAUUACCCACUUCCGUCAUGGCCGACGGGGCGAAAAUGGAUCAUAACAAAAUGGAGGUGGAUUCAUUUUUCAAGAGUGUUACGUUGAGAAGUCUAAACCUCAGGAUUGACACUGCACACCUGAUAUCAUGGAGCACAUUCAUUUAG